CAGACUAGAUAUCUGUUUAGUGUUGUUUUGUUUAAAUGACUUAUUGUUUAUUCCCAGUGAAAGGUUAUCAGGAAGGAGACUUCAAAGCCACAAUGGUUUGCAUCCAGGUUGCUCCAGAAGCGCACAAUUACGCACUAUAUCAAUACACAUGGUGGUGCCACUAGAGAAUAUAGCUAAAUAUUUUAUUAAACUGGUGCCUUUUUAUUUAACUAUUGAUGGAAGGUCGGGCAAUAACGAUAAAAUAUUAUUCAGGACAAGUAGGGAGUAGAGGUUUAAUGAAAAAGGCAUGCAAUUAUAGAGAGCAUCAUGCAAAAGAACUGUUUUUAUUAGAGCGCUAAAGUCAGUCCUUGUGAUCUAUAGGGGAGCCAUCACCUGUCAGAUGUUCCCAUGGGUUUUGCAGGGUUAGAGCUAGGGGAGAGAGCUAGGUGAGAGCUAUGGGGCUUUAGGUUUCAUACACAAAUGUGGUGCUCAGGGACACGGGGCUGUGAAGGUGCCAUUAACACCUACUUGUUACUUCUAACCCCGAGCCAUUUGGGACAUAGCACGAGUCUACAGAUUGCUUGAAGCCUUCAUGGCUGCUGAUCCCUAAAGUAAACAUUGGGUUGGGCCGCCUCUGGCCAGGGAUGGGCUAUAAAGCCUGGGAGAUACCCCCAUGGACCAUCAGUGCAAAGAAGCGUGCGGAGACAAUCACUUGGGAAUGGAGAACAUCAUGUCUAUGGACCUUGGUGGGGCAUCUGGUGGCUUGCUAACGCCGAGUGGCUCCAGCUACAAGCGCCUCAGGAACUGCAAGUCCUUACCUGAGAGAUGGAAGUCCAGAGGAGCUGUCAGGACAGAUCCACAGCGAACUCACACAUUGUUCUGGAGACCUUGGCUUGUCAAAUCCCAUAAACCAAAGACCCAAAUCCAUCCAUAUGCCAGAGGCUUGUGUGAAAAUCCUCAAGUUCAGAAGCCUGUGGAGUAUAACCAUCCUGUGAGAUUAUUUUGGCCCAAAUCAAAGUUAUUGGCUCACACCUACCAAGAGGCAGCAGAUUUGCUUAGAAACUUUCCUGUUCAAGCCACGAUAUCUCUCUACAAUGACUCCGAGUCAGACACAGACAAUGAAGAGGACAGCAGUGAGGAGGAAAAUGACUCUGGCUUUGAAUCAGAAUAAUAGCCCAUCACACUAUUUCUCAGAAGAACCAUGGGACUGGAAAUUAAGAGACUUGCAGCCACUUGUGUAUAUCUGUACAUAUGUACACAGGUAAACAUGAAGCUUGCAGAAUGUCACUGUAAUUAAUACAGUUUUGAUUCUGACCCUCAAACUGUUGGUCCCCAGGUCAGAAAGCACUGGUUUAACCUGAUAUUUGUAUGGCAUUGUUACACUUUAAUGCUUUUGGGGUCCAGUGCAAAAUGAACUUUUUUGGGGUCACAUAACUUAAAAGUAGGACUGUCAUAUUCAUGGGCCUUUAGGCAUUGCUAAACAACAGUUUUCAGCAAUCACCAAUGAGAAAAGGGCUGUAGGAUAGAAACAUUAAUAUAAAGUGUUACUGUCAUCUUGCUCUUUAUAUCUUCUAUCUGGCAGUCACAGUCCCUUCCAAGAGAUGAAUUUCCUCACUGCUUCUACAGGAGCUAUAUUUCCUACAUAAUAAACAGAAAAGGGGCUUUAUUGCUACACACUGAAAAGGAAAAGGACUUUUUCUUACUACCUUCAUCUUCUGCAAUGUUGUAACCUACUAUAAGGCUCAGUGCAGGUACUCCCUGCUUGGAACCCCCCUGAGCACAACUCUGAAUAUACAUGUAUAUGUAUGAAAACAUGAACUGAAUGAGUAACAGAAGAGAAUAUUUUGCCUAGCUGUAUUUACUUUACCGUGAAAAGUGGCAAUUUAAAAAAAAGCACUAUAAAAUAAGCUAUGGUUAGUGAAAUAGACUAUGAAGAAAGUAAAAAUACUUUUCUUUCAUAUAUGGUAGUGAUGAAUGUACCAGGCUUGGUUAGGUUCAAAACAUAACAAUUUAAUCUAAGAAGGUCAAUUUUAAACUGAUGCACUGGAAUUAUAUGACAGGAAAUAUUAGGUUUUCUUUUUUUUCCACACUACAUUGGGUAUAUAAGUUAUUGUUAUAUAUGGUUACAUAUUAUAAUUUCACAUACAUAUUAUAAUUUCCAUGAAUAUAUGUUCAAUUAAUUUGGGCAUCAUAUAGCAUUUGUGUGUAACGCUAACUAGUUGAGAAUAGCUGCAUAGAGAAAUGUCAUAAUAAUGAACAAAUAGAAAAGUGACCAUACAUGUGUAGGGCCACUCAUACAGUAUGAGUGGGGGCUUAAAACAGGAAAGGUUCUCAACCAGAGCACUUUUCUUUUAAAAGACUGAAAUCAGCAAGCGUAUGUCUGCUCUUGUAUCAAGAUGGGUGAGCAUCAUUCUCCAACUGGUAUGUGGGAAAAUGUAAAGCACCGCUUUAAUAUAUACUGUAAAAAUGUAAGAUAUUAUAUAUAAGUGAAAUAUAUUUAUUUGUAUGAUAUGGCAUGACUUAUUAAUAAAGCUGUAAUGUUAAACAUA